UUAUCGCAUACUACAAUGGCAAUUCCGGACUGCGGUUGGAUUGUUCUGGUCACGGUAUUGUCAAUAGCUCUUGUUGUGGCUGUUUCAACGGUUUACUAUAACAGUCAGCAUCAAUUUUCAGAGUAUAACCGAUGCCAGCAGGAGAAAGAAAUUCGAAUUUCAGCAACACCAUCACCAGCUCCAGAUAACAUAAUGUACAAGCAUCUGGCCUCCCUCGUAUACCUAAACUCCGAUCUCGACGCCUUUUUGUACCGCUGCACUGCAAUUGUCCUGUCGUCGACAAAACUUCUGACCACGACCCAUUGCGUGGGCAACGGUGUAAAUCGAAAGCCCAAUAGAGCUUUGUUCGGGUACAGCGAUUUGAGAAACUUUAAUAUUUUAGAGCAUCCUGAGAUGACGAUUGAAAUAAUGCAAAAUAACAUUAAAUUCCUUAAUAACGAUCUUGCCCUGCUUGAGCUGGCCAAACCCAUUGAUUUUGAUAAACCGGCAUUGUCAAAUGUGAGUGUGGCUUCGCUUUGCACUGAAUAUGAAAUGGUGGCAGAUCCAAAGUUUAAUGCUGUAGGCUUUGCUCAGAACGAUGAUGAUACCAACUGCAAUAUGUUCAGUUCGCGCCUUGUCAAAUCUAUGGAGUGCGCGAAUGUGCCGGUCAAGCCUGAAGUGGAAGGCCUUUAUAUACCCAGGACGCAUCUGUGCUUGGCACCCAUUCCGGCUGACUCGCAACCCAGCCAGAACGGUAGCUGCACCAAAUGCUUGAUGGCCAGCACCAGUGUGCUUCAUUUGGAGCGGUAUGAUGGCAGCAUAUGUGUGGCGGGCAUUGCCACACCCACCAAGAGCAAGUGCGUUGUGAAUAAAAAUCCGAUUUAUUACACGAGCAUCGGGAGUAGCAGUGCUACGUAUUUCAUUGGCAUGGAAUACUAGUUCUUCAUAUUUCCCAAACAUUUGUGACUAAUUAUGAAAUACUGUCGACUAAUUAUAAAAAAAUUCCACAUA